AUGACAUCCAUGACAUUUCAGGGGAUUGGGAUUAGCGGCGAUGAAUCAUCGUCCAAGUUAACCCGUGUUCGCCCGUGCCUUCCUUGCCGUGCGGCAAAGACUGCGUGCAGCCGGGAGUCUCCCACCUGCGGGGCUUGCCUGAAGCGAAAGAGGCCGUCAUCGUGCAUUUAUGAAAACUCGUCUCCAGUCAAUGGGACUGGAACCAGACAAAAAGGUAUACUGAAUACACAGACGAACACCAACUCCACGCCACGCGAGCAAUCCUUCGCCGACGCAGUUCAGCACGCCAAGGAUGGUCUCGAGCCGCCACAGACUAUCACUGAAGCGUUAUGCAUUCAUGUUAGUCAAUCCGCCAAUUUGCGCAAUGUCGAAAUCUCCGAGCCCUUGUCUCCAGCAGAGAAUGAGGAUUCCACGACCAGCACGGCCCUAACACUGGAAAGUAUUGACGAGGGAAUGGCUCGUCACGAAUUUCAGAGUCCUGGAAUGAGCCAAGCUAUGCAAGAAACAAAGCUCUUUAGCCAAAUCCAUCUCCAGGUAUCGCUUCCGGCGUCUUACACGAUUCAAAUUCCGAAGGCGGAUUGCUCUGAGCCAACAACAACCACUCGCACUUUAUAUCAGCUCUUGCUUGUUCUAAACUACCUCUUCGUCGCCGUAAUGCUCCUUAGAGAUGAAGGAUCCUUGCAUCAAAUCAUACGCCGCGACGAAGUCGACUGGGAUCGAUCCUUCGUCCCGCAGUAUGGUAGGCUGAGGUCGUGGUUGACUGCAGCGCGCCGAGCUCUCACGGAGUCUAGUCACCUCUCGGCCGUAUCAGCAGAGGACGUGGAGCUGCAAAUCAAAUAUCUAUUGUUCGCCCUCAGUCAGCAUGCAUCUCCUCCAUCUACGUUUCUUUCAUUCAAUUGCGCACAAUCGCGGCCACCAUACCGGCCCUUCGGCACGAAGGCGAGUGUGGCAUUGAUCUGUUACGCAUUCAUGGGAAUCAAAGCUUGCGAGAUGAAUGGAUAUGAUCGGAAAGAGAUAUGGGCACUUGACGAUGUAGCUCUCAGAACGAUGGUGCUGCGAGUCAACGAGUCUCCACUUUUUCCGGCCCAGGUCACUCUAUCUCAGAUCCACUCCCUUAUUGUGGGUCUUCAAAGAGCCUUUCAAGUUGAAGAGAUUCGUGUCGCCUCUACGAAACCGCAGAUCCUGCGUCUGGAUCAAGAUUCUCAAAUUGCGAAUUAUUACCGGUCGGCCUUUUCAGCUUUGGACCCCGAACUACUACCCAAGCUUUCCUUCAUGAUACCUAGGACAGUCACACCCGCAAAUGUGACCACAGAGGAUUCACUCACAGCUAUUGCAAAAUUCUUCUCAGAGUCUGAUUCAGUGAAGGAUCUUGAGGCUGCCGUUGCCCAAAUUCCUGAAAUCGAGGCGUCAAGACCGGAUCGGCUUGUAGUCACAGAGAUGUUUCAUGUGAAGGCGUGGCACCAUGCCUACUUGAGAUGUUCUUGCGGUGAGUCUUUCUUUGCCGAACGCUCAUGA